AUGCAAGAUUUAAUGUCUGCGCUCUGUCCGGAUGACAGCCCUGAUUGCGACACGGCUUAUCACCGGCAAGUCCGUUUGCUGGCGGCAUUUGUGCCGUCUGGUGGGGCUGCGCCUCCACUCAACGUUGGGGACCUGGGAGGUAUAGUCAAGGCCUUGCCUAACACAGCACCGGGACUCGAUGGGGUAAGUGCGAGAAUCGUGAGGAAUAUAUGGAUGGCAGCACCAAGGGAACUUCACUUGGUGUAUGCUAAGUGUGUAGUAGAGGGAGUUUUUUCUAAGGUAUGGAAGGACGGAAGACUGAUUGUCAUUCCCAAGGGUAAUGACAAGCCGCUCACCGACGCCAAGGCAUACCGUCCAAUUACGCUCCUCCCUGUUUUGGGAAAAUUGCUAGAACGCGUAAUGCUGAGAUGUGCUCCUGCGAUUAGUCGUGGGAUAUCGGAAUACCAGCAUGGAUUUUCUCCGGGGCGAUCUACGGUAACAGCGCUGCGUGUCUUGCUCAGCACGGCAAAGUAUUCUCGGGCAUGCUACGUGCAGGCAAUCUUUCUUGAUAUCUCCGGCGCCUUCGACAACGCCUGGUGGCCGAUGAUGAUGGUUAAGGCGAAACGAGGUGGUUGUCCACCCAACAUUUACAAAAUGCUGGUGGAUUACUUCACCUCCAGACGUGUCGGCCUUUUCAUCGGUGACCGGGUAGAGUGGAAGACGUCGACCAUGGGAUGUCCUCAAGGCUCCGUGCUGGGCCCUACACUGUGGAACGUAUUGAUGGACGACCUACUCCGACUCCCUCUGCCUGAGGGAGUAGCAAUGACGGCCUAUGCUGAUGAUGUCACUAUUCUCAUUGAAUCACAAACCAGAGCGGGCAUCGAAUCCAGGGCCCGAGUCACUCUGGACCUUGUACGGGAGUGGGGGCUAAGGAAUCGACUGGAGUUCUCCUCAUCAAAGUCGACCACAAUGACUGUUAGAGGGAAACUUCAGCGCCCCCCCGUUAUUAGACUUGGUGGAGAAUCCAUCAAGAAUGUGACCAAUACUAAGCUGUCGACCGGGCUGAACGGACUGAACGGACCGACGGGGCGCGGGCCGCGGGCCUAUGUACAACGCGGCGACGCGGGCGCGGGGCGCGGGCGCGGGGCGCGGGCGCGGGGCGCGGGCGCGGGGCGCGGGCGCGGGGCGCGGGCGCGGGGCACGGGCGCGGGGCGCGGGCGCGGGCGCGGGGCGCGGGCGCGGGCGCGGGCAUAG